AUGUGUUCUCCAUAUUGCUCCUAUUCCGAAUCUGAAUUCGAAGAACUGCCUUGUCUUCUUGACGAGAUGCGGUUAGUCAGGGAGCCUUCUGGAAACCUUACUGAGUUUAAGGUGCACCUGCGUCUGAGUUAUCUGGCAAAUAAUGUCGCUAGGUACGAUACCGUAGCGAUCGCCUGUCGACAUCAUAUUUUCGAUAGCUAUUUCGAAAUGGUGGAUGUUCUCCAGGAGUUAUUGGAUGCAGCAAAUCAUGUCAUUCGAGCUGCACGAGGUACUUUCAUAGAUAAGGAGUUAGGGAUGUGGCUUCUUCCAUGCACCUCUGAGAAUCUAAUGCCCUUCGUGAGCAAGAAAUUGGAAGAUUCCCGAGCUGACCUGUCGAAGGAUGCAGUGUUGGUUGGAAAUGGAGGAAAGGCUUUAAUUAAUUUGGUGGAAGCUUCACCCGUUUUGAUCGUUGCUUAG